UGUUCGGGGGCUGAGGCUCUGUGGGUGUCACGGGCCCCUUGUGUCGCCCUCCAAGCGGCUCUUUCUCCAUCCCCACAGUGGGUCGCCAGCAUCGACGUGGUGGAGAACGAGGAGGCCAGCGCCUGUGUCGUGGUGAAAAUGACGGACUCAUUUACGGAGCAGGCUGACCAGGUGACCGCUGAGGUUGGAAAGCUCCUGGGCGACGAGAAGGUGGAUGCCAUCCUCUGUGUGGCUGGAGGAUGGGCCGGGGGCAACGCCAAGUCCAAGUCCCUUUUUAAGAACUGUGACCUGAUGUGGAAGCAGAGCAUGUGGACGUCCACCAUCUCCAGCUACCUGGCUGCCAAGCACCUCAAGGAAGGAGGCCUGCUGACCUUGGCAGGUGCCAAGGCCGCCCUGGAUGGGACCCCUGGGAUGAUUGGUUAUGGCAUGGCCAAGGGCGCCGUGCAUCAGCUCUGCCAGAGCCUCGCGGGGAAGGGCAGCGGCAUGCCCUCCGGCUCAGCCGCCAUUGCCGUGCUCCCGGUUACCCUGGACACCCCGAUGAACAGGAAGUCCAUGCCCGAGGCUGACUUCAGCUCCUGGACACCCUUAGACUUCCUGGUGGAAACCUUCCAGGACUGGAUCUCGGGGAAGAACCGCCCGAGCUCGGGGAGCCUCAUCCAGGUGGUGACCGUGGGCGGGAAGACGGAGCUUACACCGGCCUACUUUUAAGGUUCAUCUCAGAGUCCAUGAGGAGCCCGCCCCAAAGGCUGCUGACCUCUCCCUGGGUGGCCGCAGCUGACCCCGUGUUUUCUGUAAUCCUGUUCGUGGUGUGAGCGCGAGUCCCUCCUUUUUUUUCGUUCCAUGGGCAUCCGCUCGCCCGUGACAGCGGCCAAGUUUGUGGGAACUGGAAACGUGUGAUGGGGGCAGGCCCACGGAACACCUCUGGCUGCCAUCGUGUUUAGCUCAGUUGGCGUGGGGAGUUACUUCUUUACACUGUGACGUUUCUGUAGAUGUGUCCUUUGUUCUGCAGCCUUGGCUGAAACCGCCUUAAAAUGCCUCUCGGGGUUUCAGCAACACCCCAUGGACUCGGCUGACUGUCUUGUACUGUACAGUUGCCAAGUGUCUGAUAUCUGCCAAGGACGAAGGCCGCCAGUGUGCAAGAGAAGCACUGUGAUUCUGCGGAGUUCUGUUCCACCUAAUAAAUACAUUUCAUUUCC